GUGCCGCCCUGAUUUGAACCUAAAAGAAGCCCCCAAAACCAGAAACCCCCCUCUCUUUCUCGCUGUGAGAAUCAAGGCAGCCAUGGAAGCAAUACUCACAGACUGCGUACAGAACAGCCUUCGUCAUUUCGUAUACCGAAACGCCAUUUUCAUCUGCGAACGCCUCUGCGCUGAGUUCCCCUCUGAGACGAAUAUGCAAUUAUUAGCUGGCUGUUACUUGCACAACAAUCAAUCUUAUGCCGCGUACCAUAUUUUGAAGGGAAUGCAAAUGGCUCAGUCCCGCUACUUGUUUGCACUAUCAUGCUUUCAGAUGGACCUUCUUAAAGAAGCCGAAGCUGCAUUAUGUCCUGCUAAUGAGCCAGGUGCAGAGAUUCCAAAUGGUGCAGCCGGUCAUUACCUUCUAGGGAUUAUUUACAGGUACACUGAUAGAAGGAAAAGUGCUGUACAUCAUUUUAAGCAGGCAUUAUCAGUAGAUCCUUUAAUGUGGGCUGCAUAUGAGGAGCUAUGUGUAUUAGGCGCUGCUGAAGAAGCAACUGCAGUUUUUGGUGAAGCAGCUGCUUUUUGCUUACAAAAGCAGUACUUACCCCAUGGAUUAGCUUCCCAAAGCUUGAACAUGCCAAAUGAGGAUCGUAGCUCAGUUUCUGCUAGGAACUUUGUUCCAGGCCCAGAUGAUGCCAGUCCAAGGCAGUUGAAACACAUGCAAGGCAAUAACCUAAGAGAUAUUCCUGGAAAUUAUCAUGGAGCAGCUGCUGUUCAGCCUUUAAAUGGCAGUUCAUCAAACAUAUCAUUCUAUAAUACUCCUUCACCAAUGGUUUCACAGUUGUCAGGUGUUGCUCCACCACCUUUGUGCAGAAAUGCGCAGCCAAAUGGUCCAAACCCAAGUAUACUCGGUGCUGAUAGCUCUCCAAGGUCAACCGUGAACUCUACUAUUCAAGCCCCUCGAAGAAAGUUUGUGGAUGAAGGAAAAUUACGGAAGAUUUCUGGGAGGUUAUUUUCUGAUUCUGGCCCUCGACGAAGUACAAGGCUUUCUGGAGAUUCAGGGGCCAACACAAAUGUGAGCGCCACAAUGGUUGUUGGAAAUGGAACUAGCAACGCUUCUAAAUAUCUUGGCGGUUCCAAGCUGAGCUCUAUGGCAUUUCGUGCUGUGACAGUUCGUAAGGGUCAGUCAUGGACAAAUGAAAAUAUUGAUGAAGGGAUACGCAAUGAGACUUUUGAUGAUUCUCGUUCAAAUACCACAUUGACAACUUCUAGUUCAUCUCCCUCUGGUGAUACUAGAUCCCUUGAACAAGAAGGAGCAACUAUUCCAAUUAGUGCAGCUAUUAUGAAUGGCUCAAGAGUCAUUAGCGGUGCUUCAGAAAUAAUGGGCCUUUUGAGAACUCUUGGGGAAGGCUACAGACUUUCCUGCAUGUACAGGUGCCAGGAAGCACUGGAUGUAUAUCUUAAGCUUCCACAGAAGCAGUAUAACACAGGCUGGGUGCUUUCCCAGGUUGGAAAAGCAUAUUUUGAACUGGUAGAUUAUUCAGAAGCAGAUUGGGCCUUCACUCUUGCCCGCCAGGCAUCCCCUUACAGUUUAGAAGGAAUGGAUAUGUAUUCUACAGUUCUUUAUCAUUUGAAGGAAGAUAUGAAGUUAAGUUACCUGGCUCAAGAACUUAUAUCAACUGACCGCUUAGCUCCUCAAUCUUGGUGUGCUAUGGGAAAUUGCUAUAGCUUGCAGAAAGACCAUGAAACUGCUCUGAGAAAUUUCCAGCGAUCCGUUCAACUUAAUCCGAGAUUUGCAUAUGCACACACUCUUUGUGGUCAUGAAUAUGUAGCUUUGGAGGAUUUUGAGAAUGGAAUUAAGAGCUACCAGAGUGCACUUCAGGUUGACGCAAGACAUUAUAACUCCUGGUAUGGGCUUGGAAUGAUAUAUCUCCGCCAAGAGAAGUAUGAGUUUUCAGAGCAUCACUUCCGGAUGGCUUUCCAGAUAAAUCCAUGUUCUUCUGUUAUAAUGUGUUAUCUUGGCACAGCUUUGCAUGCCUUAAAGAGAGAUGACGAAGCCUUGGUGAUCAUGGAGAACGCUAUUUUAGCCGAUAAGAAGAAUCCUCUUCCCAUGUAUCAGAAGGCUAAUAUACUAGUUAGCUUGGAAAAUUUUGAUCAAGCCCUAGAAGUCCUGGAGGAGCUUAAAGAGUAUAUCCCUCGUGAAAGCAGUGUGUUUGCUUUGAUGGGUAACAUUUAUAAGCGGCGUAAUAUGCAUGAAAAAGCAAUGCUUCAUUUUGGUCUUGCUUUGGAUUUGAAACCACCUGCGACAGAUAUUGCUGCCAUUAAGUCUGCCAUUGAGAAGUUGCAUGUGCCGGAUGAACUAGAAGAGGAGUUGUAGAUCUAGUUGCUUUGACAGGCAGAAUAUGAGAAUGAUCUAAUUCGGCUCAGAUCAUUUAGCCCCAAGGAGUUUGGCCUGCUUGUGCUUUCGAUGGAUGAUGAAUAAAAUGGCUUGAUGCUUGGGACCCCUUCUAGUUGGCAGAUCAUGUGAAGUGGCCUCAUUUCUGUCGGUGAUUCACAAACUAACAGAGGAUGAUGUAACAAAGGUAUUUAAAGCUCUCUCAUAUACAGUGGUAUCAUGAUUGAUGCCAAAGAAAAAGUCUUGUAUCAUUACUCUGUAUUUACUUGUUCAUAGUUGCAGUUGACUCACCAAUCCCUCGAGUGAUACUUGGGCUCAAUAUUCCAUAUUAUUUCCUUCUCUUGUUGA